GCACAUUCUUCUUGGCAUGGCAAUUUUUUUUCGUAUAUAUUAAACCAAUGCUCCGAUGAGACAAACAGUAAGCAACCGAACUGCAAACUUGAACAAACUCUAUUCUUAAAUUAAAAAAUGCGUGCAUUCCUGAUUCUGUGCUCCGUCGUCUCUGCGACUUACGCAGCCAGCCUUGGCUACAACUACGGGCCAGCGCUCGGUAGUCUCCUUGGCGGUCCAAGCUAUGGCGGGCAAGCACCUGGCGGCCCAAGCUACGGUGGUCCCAGUUAUGGUGGUCCUGCGCUCGCUGGCCCAAGCUAUGGUGGUCAAGCUUUGGCUGGUCCCAGCUACGGUGGUCCCAGCUAUGGUGCUCCAGUUGCUGCCGGUCCAAGCUACAGCGCACCUGCUGCUCCUGAAUUCAACAAGGAAUUCUUCACCUACACUGCACCCGAACAUGAAUUCAACGACGCAGGCGAUGCUGGUCAACUCGCCAACUCAUUGAAGAAGAACUUGCGUGUGAUCUUCAUUAAGGGACCUGAAAACUCUGGCCUUGAGAACGCCGCCCUUCAAUUGGCCAAAUCUGCUGGUAAUGAACGUACUGCCAUUUAUGUGCUCAACAAGCAAGCUGACAUUGGUGACUUGGCCAACAAAUUGAACUCACUCAACCACCAGAGCGCACACAAACCCGAGGUACACUUCGUCAAGUACCGCACUCCAGCUGAUGCUGAGAACGCCAAGCAGGCUAUCCAGUCGCAAUACGAUGGUUUGGGCGGUAACACAAGCAGCUACAAUGGUGGUGUUGCUCCAGUGUUGAACUUCGCUUCACAGGCACCCGCAGCACCCGCUGCCGUCCAACAAUAUGGCGGCGCUCCAGUUGGCGGUGUUGAGAACACCUAUUUGCCACCAAACAAGGUGUAAUUGACUUGUGAGCUGUGCUGAGGAGUUGUUAAUUGUUAAUUAG